UGUCAGUCACGUGACGGCUGUGUGCGUACGCGGCGGAGUUGGGUGUGAAGAUGGCGGACGACGAGGCCGAGAAGGAUCACAGCGAAGAUAUGAGCGUUGCUGCUGCGAUCGAGGCCUUGCGGACUCAACUGCAUAACUUGUUCGGCGAGCUUAAAGAGAGUCGCGAGCCGCCCGUGCAGUCCGCCUCCCAGUACUGCCAGCAUUUCUGUCAGACUCUUGUAGAAUAUGCAGAUCGAUGGAAGAUAUCAGAGGAUCCUCUUCCCCUCGUUGAAGUGUACAUGAUUGCCAUUCUAAGCUAUGCUGAAGCUCGGCAUCAUCUUACAUCUGAGUGUGAAAGUGUAGGUCUCGUUUUGGAACGUUUGGUACUGAGCUGUGUUGAACUUUUGCUUUCAUUGCCUGAAGAAAUACCAAAACCUUUGUGGAGUAAGUUCCAGACUGUGAUAAAAACAUCUCACAGUCGACUUCUGGAAAAUGGAAACACUGAACUGCAUAUCCUUUCAGUCAUUGUACAAGAGGAGGGAGUCUGGUCACAUCCAGUGCUGCACAAUAUUCUUUCAAAGGGAACUAUUGAAACUGAAAAAGUUAAAGAGUUUCUCCAGGCAGAAGGCGCCAUGCUGUUAAAUAUGCGAGUAAAGCAUCUAAUUAAAAUAAAUCAGCUAGAGUGUGCAGCAUCACUUGCAAGAGCCUGUGCGGAUUACCCAGAAUUUGGGGGGAAAAUAAAUUUUAAACAGACCUACCUCGUCUGUCUUUGUGCUGUGCUGCCACAAGAUCAACUGAUGCAACAGAUUUCUGAAGUAGAUUGCAAGGACGCAUUAGAAAUGAUCUGUAAUCUUGAGUCAGAAGGAGAAGAAAAGAGUGCUUUAGCACUGUGUACAGCAUUUCUAACCCGUCAGUUUUUACAAGAAGAUAUGUACUGUGCUUGGGAGCUAACCUUGUUUUGGAGUAAACUACAGCAGAGAGUAGAACCCUCGACACAAGUCUUUCUUGACUGCUGCCGCCGAUUGUCCCAGCUUUCUAAAACAGUUUACCACAUUUUCUUUCUGAUUAAAGUCAUUCAGUCAGAGGUUGAAGAAGGAGGACUUGCAGCAUGUAUUGAAUUGUGCAUUCGAGCCCUAAGAAUGGAUGCUAUCAAAAAUACAAAUAUAAAAGCAACUAUCUGUAAGACUAUCAUCUGCUUGUUAUCUAAUGACUUGGAAGUGAGGCGUGCUUGCCAACUUACAGAAUUUCUUUUGGAGCCUACUGUUGAGUCCUACUACUCUGUUGAGACAUUAUAUAAUGAACCUGAUCAGAAACUAGAUGUUGAAAACCUUCCAGUGCCCAAUUCACUUCGCUGUGAGCUUUUGCUGGUAUUAAAAACUCAGUGGCCUUUUGAUCCAGAGUUUUGGGACUGGAAGACGCUAAAACGCCAUUGUUUAGGCUUGAUGGGUGAAGAAGCUUCUAUUGUAUGCUCCAUAGACGAGCUAAAUGACAGUGAAGCUUUUGAUCAUCUUGAUGAUGAAGAUGGACAAAAAGUUCUGGAACAAGAGUUCGGUGGGCUUGUGGACUGCGUUUUUGAUGCAGAAAAUGCUUUUGGUGACUUAGAUGACGAAAAACAAAAAAAGAAGGAUUUUAAAAAAUUAAAAGAAAAAGGAUUUAUAUCUGCUAGAUUUAGAAAUUGGCAGGCUUACAUGCAGUACUGUGUCCUGUGUGAUAAAGAAUUUCUUGGACACAGGAUUGUAAGACAUGCUCAGAAGCAUGUUAAAGAUGGGGUUUACCAUUGCCCAAUAUGUGCUGAAAGUUUUAACAGGAAAGAACUUUUUGUCCCACAUGUAACAUCCCACGUAAAGCAGUCUUGCAAGGAAAGACUUGCUGCCAUGAAAUCUAAUAGAAGGAAAAUUACAUCAGCUAAAAUGCCUACUUCUAAUAUUGUUAGUCAAAAAGUUAAACCUAGCGAAAAGCAAGAAAACAGGCCAAAGAAGAAAAACAGACUAUAUUCAAAUGAUUUUGUAGUUUUCAAUGAUAAUGAUAUCUCAGAAGAUGAAGUCAAAGGAAAACUGUCAAAAAUUGCGCUUGCAGCACACAGAGCAGAAUACAAAGAGGAAUAUACUUGCCCUGUUAAUGACUGUAAAAAGGGCUUCAAAUAUUUCAAAAAUUUAGUAGCUCAUGUGAAAGGACAUAAAAACAAUGAAGAUGCUAAACGGUUCCUUGAGAUGCAGAGUAAGAAAGUAGUUUGUCAGUACUGCCGUCGCCAGUUUGUCAGUGUCACCCACCUCAACGAUCAUUUACAAAUGCACUGUGGUGCAAAGCCCUAUAUCUGCAUACAGGUAAAUUGCAAAUCCAGCUUCUCUACUAACUCUGAAUUACUGAUACACAGGAAAGAACAUACAGUAUUCAAAGCAAAAUGCAUGUUUCCAAACUGUGGAAGAAUUUUUUAUGAAGCCUAUAUGCUAUAUGACCAUGAAGCUCAGCAUUAUAAUACAUUCACUUGCAAAAGUCCAGAUUGUGGAAAAAUAUUUCAUUCCCAAGUAAAACUGGAUCUGCACCAGGAAGAUCAUCUAAUGCAAACAAAUAAUUCAACUUCUGAAGAGCAUGUCGUAAAAUUGGAAGAAAACCAAAGUGAGUUACCACUAGCAAGCCAGAUAACUACACAAGGUCUACUGUCAGAACCACCUAUUAAAACUCCAGUAAUGGAAGCUACUACCACUCAGCUACUUGAGCCAAGCACAGUGAACUUAAGUCAGUCAUUACCACUUAAUUUGAACCCAGUGAAUGUUGAUCCCACACCAGAGCCAAAUCCGAAUUUAUUACAACCAACCGGUCAAGCUGUAUUAAGUCCAAGCGUUUCUCAAGAGAUAAGCAUGUGCUCUCCUAAAAACGAUUUUCCUUUGGAUGGCCUAUUUCAGGCAGAACACAAAGCAGAGUCAGGAAGUAGCUUACCUUUUGAGGGUAUUGUAAGCAUGCCAGUCAAUGAAAUUUUAAAUAAUUCAGCACUUGAACCAUCAGCUAAUAUUCAGGCACAACAGCCAGUUAAACAAACCGAAGUUUAUCUAAAUGGUCUUUUAGCAAAUGUUAGGGACACCUCAACUGAAGCAGUAGCUUCAGUCACAUUGUUGAAAAAUGCUGAACAGACUGCCAUUAAACCUGAACCUCUAGAUACUGAAAAAAUAAUUAUGAAGCAGCAUACAGAAACAACUGGCAGUGUUUCUCAUGAUGCACAUUUUGUACCUCAGGUAGUGAAAGAGGAACAAAAGAUUGCUUUUCCACCAGCAGCAAAUCAAGGCAAUCCCCCUGUAGCUGGAGAGACUCAAGUUAAAGUAAAAUACAACUGCACCUUUGAUGGAUGCACUCGGACAUACAGUUGUACCAGAAGUGUUAGCAAACACAUGAAGGCAGCACAUGCUGAAUACUAUGCUGCUCUGAUAUUAGCUCGAAAAAACAAAAAGCUUGCAAAAGCAUCUGGUGCACACCCAGUUUCUAGUGAAGGCCGUGUUUUUUCAGUACCUUCGCAAAUGGCUAAUGAUAAGCUACCUAUCUGUGCAUCAGAAGUUGGUAAAUUGGUUAACCCACUUUUCUCAUACCAAAUGGGAAGGCUUCCAACUGCAGUGACUAUGCCAUCUUUGUCGUUAAAAUGUGAGAGCAAUCAAAGUCAUGUGCCACCAGGUCAAGCUGAAAAUCCUUCAAAUCCUGGCUUUUUCCCACAAAUUGAAACCACUACAAAUCAGGUACUGCCUUUGCAUAAAGAGAUGAAUAUAAAUCCUGUCCUGUCUAUAAAUGCUAGAGGAGUUGGUCCUAACUUGUCUUCCAGCUCUAUUCUGCCUUUGCAUAAAGAAAGUCCAGCAAAAUUAUUAUCUCUGCAUUUGCAAACAUUGACUAAUCAAGUUUUGUCACAAAUCAGUGCCACAGAUCCUGAACUGUCUCCACAAAACUCUGCCUCAGAUAUGCUAAGAUGUGCUCAGACUGCACUGAUGAAUGUAGUUUUAGCAUCACAGACUAACACAAACCCAACUUUGCAAACAGGAAUAAAAAAUCUGAUUAUGUUUCCACAGCCAGAAGUAGAUGCAAAGACUGAUAUUCCUUCACAUGCAAAAGGAAGUGAUCAUUUCAUUGUAAAUGAAAAACCUAGAAGUCCACUUCUAGCAUCUCAGUUAACUGAUGGCUCAAAUGUACAUUCAUCUUCUGAAAUGAAUAGCACUGCACAGCCAAGCCAUUUAGAAGGUGAAAAAAGGCCGGUGCUUUUGCCUUUGGACUGUGGGUUAAAUCCAAGAGAGCAUAAGCAAAAUGAAAGCUCUUGUAAAGUUUAUUCAUCAAAUUUAGUAAAGACUGAAUAUCCAGGGAAUACUUCUGAAGUGGGCAGUGCUCCUAGUACAGAUUUAUCUCACAUACAUGAACUAAAUCCUGAUUUACCUAAUGCUGUUGGUGCCCACAGUAAUCCAUUGCUACCAUCUGUGGUAGAGAGUGUUGGACAGACAUUAUUGCCAUCCUGUCUUGAGAGUCCAAAGAUUCCAGGGUUACCAGAGCAGCUAGAGGCUUCUGUGAAUCCACUGUUUAUGCCACAGCUUGAUUCAAACUCAUUUCCCAUCUUACACUCUGAGGCUGAAAGAAACCCACAAGUUGAAACCCUUAUUAAUUGUGACUUUCCUUCUGCAGCUGAAUCUGCUCAGGCAGAUGCCAUGAGUUCUCUUGUAAUUGAUACAGGUGCAUUGAAAGAUGAAGAUACCUCCCUUAAAGUUAAGAGAACUAAGCACAAUAAAAGAACAAAAUGGCCAGCUAUAGUGAAAGGAGGCAAAUAUCUGUGUAGCCGUUGUUUCAGAGAAUUCCCAAGUCCCAAGUCUUUAGGUGGGCAUUUAUCUAAGAGAUCUCAUUGCAAACCUGAUAAUGAGCUUCCUGGAGAAAUUCACCAAGACAAAGCAUCUUUGCUUCUCAACGAUUUACUAAAUUCAUCAAAUUCUUUAAAUGUUCAUCAGCUAGCUUCCCAAUUUAAUUCUAACCAGUCAUUAGCAUUAGAUGCCCUUCCAUCAAGGUUUUUACCCAACUCAGAAAGUAAUGGGUCAUGUGCUGAACUAAGUGAAGGAGAUCAACAAAGUGAGAUUAUUAAACAAGCUUUGGAAACUGCAGGCAUUAAGAACAUAUUUGAAACAUCAGUCCUGCAGCAAUCAUUCCAAUCUUCCCCUGUAAACUAUCAAACGGAAACAAGUAUCCCUGAAAGUUCAGUUAUACAACACACUGGAAAAAUUAAAAUAAAAUCUGAGAACUCAAACUUUCUCAUAACUCAAGAAAUUAAAAAUGAUAUAAACAUGCGCCCAUGUAAUGAAUUUGUAAAGCAGGAACAGCCAGUGUUUUCUUCAGAUAUCUUUUCUGAUAACCUGUUAACUCAGAUGCUGGCAGAAAAUAAUUCAAUAAGUAAUAUUAACUUGGAUUCAAACCCAUUAAGCCAGUUGCUGCUUGCUGAUCAGACAAGUAAACAAAAGUGUGAUACUGAGUCUCCAGCUACAUCCAGCAUUCCUCAACAGAACACUGUGCCAAAUGAAAAUUUACUUACUGCAAUAACUGGUCUUUCACAGACAUUUAUGCCAAACCAAAUGCCUGUGCAUAAUUCUUCACAACAAUCAGUAAAUCAUUGCAGUCCACCUAAUACCAAUCAGAAAACAAUUACGGUCAAGCAAAAAAUUCAGGCUCUGUUAUUUAAAACUGAAGAUGUGAAUGACAAGACAACUGAUGCCAUACCAGUAUGUACUGGUGCACCUAAUACUAAUCUGCAAGGAAAUGGCAAUCUUGAAAUUUUAGGUGGUAGUAAUCCCCAAAUGCCAGGACUAAAAAGCCAAGAGAUUAAAUUUAAUAAUUACUCAAAUUAUGGUGUGGGUCAAGAAAUGAAACAGAAGAAUGAUUCAGUUUUGCAAAAACCUAUUUUGGAGGCACCAGUGAGUAGCUCUAAUUAUGUGCUCAGUUCCUCCCAUGACUUGAGCACAUCAACAACACAGGAUAUGACACCUGAACCUACAAACUUGCCGACCAGUAGUUUUCAUGUGGAACAAAUAGACAAUGAAAUACUAGACAUACUAAGAGCAUUUCAGAAGCUAAGUCUUGAGACAAAUGGCAAUGCCACCAUUAAUGGCACUUCCACUAGUGUGAAACAAUAUAAUGGAGUAGCAACAAGUGAGCAAACAGAUGUGCUGCUGCCUGACUCCACUGUCAAAACUGAUUUGCAGUCUUUUGAAAGCAUUAUUAAGCCUUUUGUUUGUGAAAGUGAAGGUUGUCCUUACAGUGCAAUGACUAAGGAUGCUUUGUUUAAGCACUACCAUAAAAUACACAAUUAUGAUGAAGACAAGAUGAAUGAAAUCAGGAAAAACCAGCUGAAGUUUGCUCCAUUUCGCUGCCACAUUUGUAACAAGACAUUCACUAGGAACUCUAAUCUUAGAGCCCAUUGUCAAGCAGUGCAUCACUUGUCACAGGAGGAAAUGGUCAAGUUGAAAAUAAAGAGACCAUAUAGUAGAAAACCUGCUCAUGAGCUACCUGAGACAGAGACAGUACAGAGCACAAUUGCUGUGCAAGGGCAUCAUGUUCCUGUCCAUCCUGUUGAAAGCACAUUUGUCACUCAACAAUUGACUGCCACUAAAAGUUCAGAAGAGUGUUUAUCUGAUGCACAUAAUCAGACUACACAAGCAUCUCACUUCUGUCUUGAUUCACACAAUGGACAUGUUCCUGAAAACAUAUUUAAUGGUAGACCUGACCAGUCUAAGACACUGUCUACAACGAAACAUGAUGCAUUUCAGCAGAUGUCUACUCAGCUGCCAAUACAAGGACAGAUAGUACCAGAAAUUUGUGUAACUGAAUCAUCUGUUACCACACACGGGUUUUCAUCAGAAACAUUGCAACAUACAUAUAGACCACAGCUGGAAACAGUGCAGCCCACCAUUUCACCCUUGGUUGGAGAUUUGCAGCCCAUAAACAGGCUUCCAUCUGAAACCCUGCAGCAGCACACCCUUCAGCCUGCUUCCAGUUCACAGCUGCCCGUCCUUAGACCAGCAUCAGGAAUCCUGCACCCCCUCCUCAGGCCUGCAUCUGGAACAAUGCAGCCCCUCCUCAAGCCUUCAUCUGGAACACUGCAGCCCCUCCUCAGGCCUGCGUCCGGAACACUGCAGGCCACCUUCAGGCCCAUGUCGGGUACACUACAUCCCACUUUCAGGCCUGUGUCGGGAGCCUUGCAACCAAUCCUCAGGCCCACCUCCGGAACACUGCAACCCAUCCUCCAAUCUACAUCAGGAACCCUGCAGCCUGUUAUCAGAUCUUUGUCUACUACACUGCAACCUUCCAUCAAGUCUCCUUCAGCAACCAUGCAGCCAAACAACACACCUCUUAUAGCAACAUCACAUUCUUCCAUCUGGCCUCCUACAGGAGUGUUGCAGUCCCUUAGUGGCCUUGCAUCAGGAAUUCCUCAGUCAACCAUCAGCUCCCCAUUGGCUGAGCUGCAACCAUCUGUUACUUCUCAGUCAUCAGUGCUGCAGCCUACCAUUAGCUCCCAGUUCAUAACAUUGCAGGCUACAAUCAGUGCUGCAGCAAUAACACAGCCACAGUCUGGUAUGAACUCCCAUGGUCUGCUGCAUCAGCAAUUGGUUAACUCUAGACCCUUAGUGGAGGAGUUUCAACAGCAUCCCUCUACUGGAUCCCAAGAUGUGACAUGUCAGAAUCCCAGGAUAGAAUGCCAAGACGUGGCACCUGAGAAUCCCAUCACAGGAGCCCAGAUUGUUAUUCCUCUACAGUCCAACAUGGUAUUCCAGGAGAUGCCACUCCAACAGCAGCUAGCCCAGAAUCACCAGCCCGGUGUGGAGUCCCAAGAUGGUGCUACUCAGCAGCAGCCUAGGAUAGUGUUUCAAGAGGGUAUUCACAAGUGGGAGCCUAACACGGGGUCGCAAGAGGGUGUCCCUGAAUGGCAGCCAAGCACAGCUCCUCAAGUGGUUACUGCUCAGCAGCAGCCCAGUGCAGUGUCUCAAGAGGUUAACCCUUGGCCACAGCCCGGCACAGGUUCUCAAGCGGUUAAUCCUUGGCAGCAACUCACCACAGGGUCUGAAGAAGUUAACCCUUGGCAACAGCCCAGUACAGGGUCUCAAGAGAAUACAUUGUGGCAGGAUACCAGCACAGCAUCUCAAGAGGGUGCACUUUGGCAGGAACCCAGCAAAACGUCUGAACAGGUUAUCCCUUGGGAGCAACCCAACAAAGUGUCUCAAGAAGCCACCUCUCAGCAGCAGCCCACCACAGAGACUGAAGAGGUCUCUACUCAGCAACUGCCCACCACUGAGUCUCAUGAGGUCACCCCUUGGCAGCCAUCCACCACUGAAUCACAAGAGGUCACCCCUCAGCAGCAGCCCAGCACAGGGUAUCAAGAGAUCACCCCUCGGCAGCAGCUCACCACAGAGUCUAAAGAGGUCACCCCUCGGCAGCAGCCCACCAUAGGGUCUCAAGAGGUCACCCUUCCACAGGAAUGUAGCACAGGAUCUGCAAAAGUUAGCCCUCCACAACAGUCCACCACAGGGUACCAAGAGAAUACACCUCAGCAGCACACUUGCACAGGAUCUCAAGAGCUUUCCAUUCUACAACAGCCCACCACAGUGUACCAAGAGAUUAACUCUCAGCUGCAGCCCUGCACAGAGUCUAAAUCACUUCCCCCUCGGCAGCAGAUCAGCAUGGAUUCGCAAGAGGGUGCACUGCAGCAGCAUCAAAGUGGAUGCCAAAACACUCCGAAUCAGCAGCCCAUAAUAGACUCCCAAACAGUAGUAACUCCACUGCAGCUGACAGGCCUGGGAUCCCAAAAAGUGACAUUUUACCAACCAAGCACAGGGUCACAUGAGAUGGCUCCUCAGCAGCAUCAUUUGCCCAACACAGAGCAUCAAACAGGAACACUUCAGCAGCCCAGUACAGUGGCCCAGGCUUCUCUUCAGGGUCCCUACAAAGUAUUUCCUGAAAUGGUACAGCAGCCUCAGCUCACUUUAGAGUCCUCGGUCCAGCAGCAGCAACUUCCUGUUACAGCAGCUCCAGCACUACAGUUGCAACAUCAAAAUCCUUUCACAAGUCUUUCUGUUGCACCUCUACAACAGCAGCCUACUACGGGUUUUUUGUCAGCUACAUUUCCCCAGCAACCUAUCAUUGGAUCCUCAGCAACAACUCCAAAACAGCAUACUUUUGGGUCUCCUGCAGCAAUAGUGCAACAGCCUAUUUUUGGAUCCCCUGCUGCAAUGCUGCAACCAAAAAUGAUGUCUAAUGCAGUGUUGCAGCCCAAAAUUGGAUUCAGUGCUCUGCUACAACCGACAAUAAGACCUCAACCAAAGUUACAGCCAGCUUUCCAGCCAAAAGCUAAUCUCCAGCCCGCUGGCCAGAUGAGGUCAAUGCUACUAAAUGACAGUGGGUCUCCAACAAAGAUCCAAUCCAUUGCGAAGGCACCCACCCAGCUCCAAGCAAACCCUAUAUUUCAAGCAAUGCCACAGGCAAAGAGCAUUUUCCAAACCGGAUUUCAGCAAGGCAACAGCUCUGGGAUACUGAGACCAUCUAGCUUUAUAUCCCCAUCAAAAUUUCAACCUACUGCUGGGCCAAAGCUACAACAUAGCAUUUUAGCCCCAGCUAAGCUAAAGCACCCAAUUUUGGCCCCCCCUAAGUUGAAUCCCAAUGCCAUUUUUUCAUCUCAGGGGAAGCCCAUUAUUGUAUCCUCUACAAUGUCACAGCACACUUCAAGUGGCCUUGCAGGUGUACCUGGGCUCACUGCUUUUGGGCCUCCUUCAACUGGAGAGCCUUCAGUCCAACAGAAUAUACCUGGGCAAGUUGUACCCGACAAAUCCAAACAAAAUAUUUCAAAACCAAAAAUGGAAAAACCAAAAAAGAUAUCAAAACCAGAAGAAAAAAAGCAGAGAACAGAAUUUGAAACCUCUAACAGCUUUAGUCCCUAUAGGCCAUACCGCUGUGUUCACCAGGGUUGUUCAGCCGCUUUCACAAUACAGCCCAAUUUAAUACUACACUAUAAAGCUGUACAUCAGUCAGACCUACCAAAGUUUGAACAGGAAAAUGAAGAUGAACUAGAUGAGUUAAAGGACACAGAAUUGAAUCAGAUGCGGGAGUUAAGGUGCCAAGUUAAGAAUUGUUCUAGAAUUUUUCAAGAAGCAACCAGUCUUUUCCAGCAUUACACUCAGCUUCAUGAGUUUAACUUGGAGCAAGCUGGGAGUCUUAUGUCGAGUAUAAACUUGGGACGAUUCCAGUGUGAUCAGCCUAAUUGCAAAGUGAAGUUUACAGUCUUCUGGAAAUAUAUUGGUCAUCUUGAAAUGGCUCAUGAUGUACGAAAAGUGUUGCGAAAUGAGGCAGCAGGAGUAUUUAAGUGUGACUGUGAAGGCUGUGAUCGUGUAUAUGCAACAAGAUCAAACCUCUUGCGGCAUCUUUUUCGAAAGCAUAAGGAGAGUCAUAAGGCACAUUUAAUUAGACCACGCAAAAAAUUACCAGGCCAGGAAUAUGUAUCAUCCAUCAAAAAUGCAUCAAAAAAGCUCUGUGUUGGAGGAAAAAAUAAUAAUGGAAAAAAUGUAUUGCCUAAGAAAUCAAAACCUAAAUUUCCUGUCAUAGAUGAAAAAAAGAAAAAGUUAAUCUUUGACCCAAAAAGUGAAAUAAUUCUUCCUUUGAAGACAUGUGAUGAGGCUUUGGCAAUGUGUAUAAAAAAAUUUCCAAUGCAAUAUCCUUGCAUGAUAAAAGACUGUGACUCUGUUGUUAGCAGUGAGCGUAAUAUUAUUAGACACUACAAAACUCACAACCUGGUUGAAGAUUUUAUACUACAACGAAGAAGUCAGCUCGUCCUGUGUAAGAAGCGUUUGCCUCCACAAGCAAAGAAAGAAUGUAAUGAACGUGAAGAAACUGAAAAAUCGGAGGCAUGCAUCUCAGACAAAGAAGACUUCAAAGACACUUGUGUUGAAACAAAUGAAACUGAAAGCUGUCAAGCUUCCUCUCAGAAAGACAAUGCUGAAAAUCUGUCAAAUGCUUUAGCUUCAGAUUUGGCAGAAGAGACUUUUCAAACCAAAUCUAUUUUACAAAACCUUGAAGAGAGACAGCCUUUGACAGAUUCGAGUUUUUUAGCCAGGAGUAAAAGAGGAAGGCCAAUAAAAAAAAAAAACCAAGAAAUGCAGACAAUCACUAGUCAGAAAUGUAAUGAGGAUUUAAUUUCACCUGAUAUGGCGAAUGAUUUAAGUAGCUCUUGCAGCAGCUCUGAAUGUGCAAGUACGUCUUUUUUAACUCCGGUAAAACGGCCACAUUGUCAUAAAAAUACUGGUUUGAGUACUUUUAGGCCUAUGGGUUUUGAAGCAUCUUUCCUAAAGUUUUUGGAAGAAUCUGCAGAGAAGCCCAAAAAAAAAUUUAAAGAAUUUGUACCAGAUAAUGAUACGCCAAAAGAAGAGAAACCUCCACCCCCUCAAAAUGAAAAUUUGAUGCAUGAAAUCUCCGGUUUGCACUCAGAUUUGCACAUUAGCAGUGAAGAUUAUGAAAAUGUUAUUGACUUCAGGAACCCAUUAAACCUCCAGUCAGUCAAUAAUGUAAAAAUUGUAAUGGACGAUACAUUUUCUGAUGGCGCUGGUCUUUUGCUUAAGCAGCUUCAAGAGAUGCGUCCCACAGUUGUGCUAAAGAAAUGGCUGUGUAGUUAAGUAUGAAGUGUAAGGGGAGAAGAAUUUUAUCAUCAAGUAAACCAUUGUUCUCAGGAUAACAGCAGGUGAAUAGACUGCAUUAAGUUUGUUUGGUUUUUUUUUUCCUUUCAGAGUUUAAGGAGUAAAUAGUUUCAUUACUCUUUGUUUCUGUUGAAUUACUGAAAAAUGUAAGCCAAUAAUUAUUUGGUUGUUGAUUGUUCAAACAUUUACAUGUAGUAGCAUUUCAUGCAAGUUAGUUGGGUUUACAUCAGCUGGCAUCAUAUAAUUCUAGAAAGAAUGGACACACACAUCUACACAAAGGCAACUAAUUGUCAUCAAUUCAUUCACAUUUACAAAUGGGACCCUAGUGAUGUGAGAUUGUUAAACUGCUCACUACACUUGUAGUAAUUGCACUUAGGAUGAACAAAAACACUAACAUUUAUUUUAAAACGACCAUCUUAGUUUCACUAAUGCCUUUUUUCCCAUCAAGUUUCCGGAACAUAAUUAACUUUUUGCGAGAAAACCAUUUGGUUCAUCAUAGCUGUUUGAUCUUCUGUCCAUCUACGUAUCAAUGUUUAUUUGUUCUUAGCGUAAGGAUGAUUAAGCUUAUUUAAAUAUGCCUAAUUUGUUUUCUUUUGUGUAUGUCAUUGUCACUUCCUUAAUACUGUCAGCUGUUUGUUCAUUCAUUGUUUUUCAUAUGGGCUAAAAAAGAACACAAAGUAUUGCAACUUUUUGCCUGUGCUGAGGUGCUACUUCUUGACAACAGGCUGACUUCUAUUGUAUUUUUACACUCUGAACAAUAACCGACAUUCCUUUGUCAAUUCUUAUCUCAAAACUCAAAUUAACAAUCACUCAACGCUGAUCAUCUAGCUGUUUCCCAGAUCCAGUUUUAAGUGGAGUAAUAAAAUAAUGUAAACUCUCAAUGUUUAAUCUCGUUCAGCCCUUAUGAAACUCUUUAUUAACUAUAAAGACAGUUUUCUAUGUGCAUAAAACUUUUAAAAGUUUUACAUAUGCCUAUUUUAUCUAACAACGUAUUAUCUUCAACUCGACUUUUUUAGAGUGUUGUGUAGAAAAUUAAGCUAAACUCUAGAGCAUGUUUGUAACAUUUGAUGCUUCUCCCUAGACAAAUUAAGUUGCCUUCCAAAAAUAUCAUGGCCAUGGUCAUGUAAACUUUAAUAUAUCCCCAUGGGACUCCCAUUUUUUAUUGUUAUUUUUUUCUUCAAAAAUACCUUUAUGUACAAAUACGAUUAGGGCAGAUUUCUUUUUUCAUAAAUGAAAGUGUUGUGUAUAGUCUGUGAUUGGUUCUCUUUUGUUCACUGGCCAUGUAAAUUGUAAGUUGUAGAUAUCUUUUGUGUAUAUAUUUAUUCUUUGAAAUCUUUACUGCCACCAGCAGUCUGUAAGUCAAAACUAUUAAAUCCAUCAUUUUAUUACAGUUU